CGCGAGGAUCCAGCGGCCAGGCUCGCAGAGCAGGUGCGGGCCCUCGUAUGCGGCUGCCGGGGCCGCGGUGCUAGCGGCGCGGGGCGCUCGCCCGCCCCUUCUCCGGGCCACUCUCGGGCUCCGGCACUCGGGGACAUGUCGGUGGUGACUGGCGGCGGCGAGGCGGCCGGCGGGGCCGGCGGCAGCGGCGCGCGCGUCUUCUUCCAGAGUCCCCGGGGUGGCACAGGCGGCAGCCCGGGAUCCAGCAGCGGCUCGGGCUCCUCAAGGGAGGAUUCGGCGCCGGUGGCCACGGUAGCCGCCGCUGGACAGGUGCAACAGCAGCAGCGACGCCACCAGCAGGGGAAAGUGACAGUGAAAUAUGACCGCAAGGAGCUUCGGAAACGGUUGGUGCUGGAGGAAUGGAUCGUGGAGCAGCUGGGUCAGCUAUAUGGCUGCGAGGAAGAAGAAAUGCCAGAAGUAGAAAUCGACAUUGAUGAUCUUCUUGAUGCUGACAGCGAGGAAGAGCGAGCUUCGAAAUUACAGGAAGCUCUCGUAGACUGCUAUAAACCAACAGAGGAAUUCAUCAGAGAGCUGCUCUCCCGGAUAAGAGGCAUGAGGAAGCUGAGCCCUCCGCAGAAGAAGAACGUAUAAUUUUGGAACAGGGUAGAAUUCUCUCGGAGACAAAGCGACCUGGAAUUUGGACUUCAUGAAUACGUUUAUUAAAUAACCAUAGUUGUCUUUUACAAACAAUUUUUUGGUGUGUAUGUGUUUGGGGUGUUAGACAUUUAUUCAGAAGUGUUUCUUCUUUUGUUAUUUUAAAGGGUUUUUGUUACUGUAAUAUUUUAAUGGCAAAGCUAUCACAACUUGGACUGUAGCCCAAGCAAGGCCUGUCAAAACAGAGGCAUCUGCAAGGAUGGGCGAGGCCAGGAGGUGUUUUCUGUAAGGAGUCAGCCAUAAUUAGGAUGUUACUCUACAGGGAAGAUGGUUUUCUUACAGUCAGUUUGGUAAGACACUUUUAAGUUAUACAUUUGACUGGGAUGUCAAAAAUGUCUCACGGUUGUAUAGAUCUACAAACACUAAGUUAAAAAUAGAGAUGUGAGCUUUGCCUCAUGUUGAUGGAAUAAACCUGUGCUUGUCCUGUUAUAAGAGGUCACAGCACAUGUGUUUUCAAUAUGCCUCCAGGCAUUCUUCCUACAAAUUCGGUCCAUGCACAAAUUGGGCAUCCACUUUCUGCACCAAAGUGAAUUAGUUGUGUCCAUUAUUAUGACGAGCCAUGCGACACACAUGUUGAGUUGGUCAAGGGCUUAAUUUAUGGACUUUCAUUAUUUCAUUGUUUGAGAUGCUUCGCCAGGUCAUGCACUUAUUGCCUCUUUGUGGUCUUUUAAAGUUUUAUGAACUCUUAAUUUCAAGAACCAACCUGAUUUUCUAAAGAAAUGCCCACACUUCCUGAGGAGAGUUUUGCAAUGGAGAAAGGAAGCCCCAUGUAGCUUUGGGUUUUCUGUUUUCAGUGCAAUACUAUGUAUUAUCUCUGUCCGUGAGAGCAGGUCAAAGGGAGAGCAACGGAUUGAGCCUCUUCCUUCUCAGAGGUAGAUUCUGGCCCCUUCCAUGCCUGUGUCUCAACAGUAGGGAGGUGUAAACUGAGUAUAGAGAAGAUGCAGAGAUGGGAAGGCCCCUUAAGACACUUGUUGGUUUAGAAGUGUGACUGCAUCUCUGACUUUUCUCAAUGGUUCAUGGUCCUCAUUGUGACCUUGAUUUCCAUGUCGGGAGCUAGGCCUGAGUGCCUACCCUUACCCCUCAGUUACAUACCAACUCUUUAGAGAAGAAUUAAAAUUCAUAUGGGAUUUAGGCGGGGUGAAAAGUGAGUAGAAACCCUUCCUUCCUUCCAGGAAGCCCCUGCUGCCUCCCCCUGGAAACCCUGCCUGCUGUGAGAAGUCUCCAGGAGGCCCUGUCUGAAGACAGGGACGAGGCAUUUUAUAUCAAGGGUGCUUUGAACAUAUUUUAUUUUUUAAAAGAACUGUUUGUGAAUUUUCCGUAUACUGGCAAGCUUUUGAAAAUGUAUUUAAUUUUGUAAUGUUUACCAAUGAUUUAUUUACAAGCUAUUUACUCAAAUAAAGGGAGCUGCUUACAA